AUGGGAGGCGAUGCACCCCGCCAGAUGAUGUCUUCCUCCUCCGCUCAAUACCCACAACUCGCCCAACGACCCAAGGGCAAGCAGAUCCACCACAUCUACCGCGACCGUCUCGGCCAAUUCACCAAUGGCGGCCAAUACAAGCAACAAUCGCUCAUGGCCAAGCUCUACGACGCCCGCCUCUCCGACUCACCUCACGUGACGCUCGAAGUCUGGUCCGCGCCUGACCAGACCCGUCCAACCUUCGCCGAGGCGACCAAGAAGAGCAACGAGUAUAGCAAGGCCAAGAAAGGCGAUGUCUUCGGCCCGAGCUGGACGACUCAUUGGUUCCGCCUUCGGUUCACGCUGCCGCAUGAGUGGAUAUACAAGCCUUGUGUUGAACUGCAUUGGGAUUCGAACAGCGAGGCUAUGGUCUGGAGCGAGGACGGGAAUCCCUUGCAAGGCUUGACCGGGGGUGGGGAGAGGAACGAGUGGGUCAUCCCUAACCACUUCCGCGACUUUGAUCAGGAGCAUACCAUCUAUAUCGAGAUGGCGUGUAACGGCAUGUUUGGGAACCCCACAGGUGGUGAUACGAUCCAGCCUCCCGACCCGAAUCGCUACUUCCAGCUCGUAGAAGCGGAUCUGGUGGUGGUGAAUUUGGAUGCGAGAGCGCUAUUCUACGACUUCUGGAUUAUUGGUGAUGCUGCGAGAGAGUUUCCCGAGGAUAGUUGGCAGGAGCAUCAGGCGCUGCAAGUCUGCAACGAAAUCAUCGACUGUUUCAUCGCUGGCGAAGGGUCGAGAAGCUGUAUCGAGGACUGCCGGGAGAUUGCACAAAAGUACCUCGGUCCUCACGUCGACUCGGAAAAAGUAUACGAGCAGGACAAAUCGGACGACAUCGUCAACGCCAUCGGCAACUGCCACAUCGACACCUGCUGGCUCUGGCCCUGGGCCGAGACAAAACGAAAAGUCGCCCGUUCCUGGUCCAACCAAUGCGAUCUCCUCGACCGCUACCCCGAACAUCGCUUCGUCGCCUCCCAAGCCCAGCAAUACAAAUGGCUCGAGCAACUCUACCCUUACGCAUGGGACCGCGUGAAAUCGCACAUCAAAAAGGGCAACUUCCAGACCAUCGGUGGCAGCUGGGUCGAACACGACACCAAUAUGCCUUCAGGCGAAAGUCUAGUCCGGCAAUUCCUCUACGGCCAACGCUUCUUCGAGUCCCGUUUCGGGGAGCGCUGUAAGACGUUCUGGCUUCCGGACACUUUCGGCUAUUCCACACAACUACCGCAACUCUGUCGGUCGGCGGGCAUGACACGCUUCUUCACCCAGAAACUGAGCUGGAAUAACAUCAAUAAUUUCCCGCAUACGACUUUUAACUGGGUGAGUUUGGAUGGGAGCCAGGUGAUUUGUCAUAUGGCGCCUUGCGAGACGUAUACCGCCGAGGCGCAUUUCGGGGACGUGAAGAGGAGUGUUUCGCAGCAUAAGAGUUUGGAUCAGGAUGUCACUAGUCUUUUGCCUUUUGGGAAGGGCGAUGGUGGAGGUGGACCUACAUUCGGCAUGCUGGAGAAGUUGAGGAGGUGUAGGGGGUUGAGCAAUAAAGUUGGCUUGUUGCCAAAGGUCAAGAUCGCGGAUAGUGUGGAUGAGUUCUUCGAUCGCAUUGAGCGCAAGGUUGCGAAUGGGGAGACGGAGCUCGUGACGUGGUAUGGUGAGCUGUAUUUCGAGCUUCAUCGUGGCACGUAUACGACACAAGCGAACAACAAGCGCGGGAAUCGGAAAUCCGAGGCGCUGUUGCAUGAUAUUGAGUACCUUGCCACUCUGGCCACGAUUCAGGGGAGGAAGGGGUACAAGUACCCGAAGAAAGGACUGGAUAGUAUGUGGGAGGACGUGCUGCUGUGUCAGUUUCACGACUGUUUGCCUGGCAGUGCGAUCGAGAUGUGCUAUCGUGAUUCGGACGAGGCAUACGAGAGGGUGUUCAAGACGGGCAAGAAGAUUCUCAAAGACGCUUUAGUUGCGUUGGGCUUUGAUACCGAUCAUGAGAAAGCUAGUGAUGACAAGCAGAAGCCCAUCAAAGCCGAGUCUGUGACUCUACAGACUCUAAGCUGGCACCGCGAAACCCCGAAACACCUCACGAGCUACGAUGAUGACUCUGCGGCAAACGUAACCCAACUCGACGACGACAUCUUCGAGCUCUCCAACGCCGACCUCAAAGUCACCGUCAAGCAAGGCGCCAUCACCUCCCUCUACGACAAGAAAGCUCGUCGGGAAUUGGUGCCCGAAGGCGCGACGUCGAAUCAGCUCGUCAUUUUCGAUGAUAAACCCCUUUACUGGCAAGCCUGGGACGUCGAAGUCUACCAUCUCCAAUCUCGGAAAGAGCUGAAACCGGAGACGAAUUCGCACAUUUCCGCCUCUGGGCCGGAUCGAGUGGCUAUCCAGACCACGACCAAGAUCUCGGACAAAUCCUGGAUCAAAACCACCAUCUCCCUCGCCGCCGCCGCCUCCGCCGCCUCCUCCGCCUCCUCAAGACUCUCGCAGGUCGAGGUCGAAGCCGAAGUCGAAUGGCGCGAAACAAUGAAAUUCCUCAAAGUCGAAUUCCCCACCACCCUCACCAACACCGAGGCCUCCUACGAAACCCAAUACGGCAUCGUCCGCCGCCCCACCCACUACAACACCUCCUGGGACAUGGCGAAAUUCGAAGUCUGCUGUCAUAAAUGGGCCGAUUUGUCCGAGCAUGGGUAUGGGAUUAGUGUGUUGAAUGAGAGUAAGUAUGGUUUUGCUACUGCGGGGAAGGUUAUGAGGUUGAGUUUGCUCCGGGCGCCUAAGGCUCCCGAUGCGCAUGCGGAUAUGGGGAGGCAUCAUAUGCGGUGGGCGAUUCUGCCGCAUAAGGGGGCGUUGGAUGAGAGGACUGUGAGGGCGGGGUAUGAGUUUAAUUACCCGCUUCGCUCACUCCCGCACUCCGAGCCUAGGAAGAUCAAAGACCUGAUGGGUGCGUUCAAGCUUUCGGAGGACUCGGAUAAGAGUCUCAUCGUCGACUGCGUUAAGCGGGGUGAGGAUGACGAGGACGCUAGUAAUGGCGAUAUGCCCGCCAAAAAAGGCCGGCACGUUAUCCUUAGGAUCUUUGAUAGUUUGGGCGGGUUUAGUAGGGGGAGGGUGUUGUUCGGGCCGGUGAAGGUGGGGAGGGUGUGGAGGUGUAAUUUACUGGAGGAUGUGAUUGGGGAGGUGGAGGUUGGGGAGAAAGGGUUUGAGGUGCAGUUGAGGGCGUUUGAGGUGGUGAGUUUUAAGGUGGAGUUGACGUAG